CAUUACCCUUAGACCACUUAUUUUUCCAUUAACUGUUCUGAUUCUACACUGUGCAUCUUAAAGCAGAUAGUAGCAGUUUUUUUGUUCUUCUUUUUUCAUUGGAAAGAAAGUGCAUGUGCUUGGUAUGAAAAAUUCUGAGGUGAAAGGGAGCCAAUUUAAUCGCAUGUAUAAACGAAGGCAGAUGAGAAACGGUAGGGUAAUAUACAUACUUCUAUGGUUCUAGGAGAAAAAGAGUUUUUAAAAGAAUGUGCAGUUUUAUUACCACAUGAAGUAUCAGCAGAAUGGGCUUUGUUAUCAGGCUUUUCUUUCUUGCACAAGUGGUAUCACUUUGUGUGGUUGUAGUUUGCAACUUCAGUGUGCAUGUGUGUGGGUGGGAGCAGGGCACCACCCCCAAGACCUAAACUAGCCAGGCUCUUAAUCCUUUCCAAUUCUUAAAGGAGUUAAAACAGGUUUUCUUCUAAAUGUGUAAUUAAUAAUAGCACAAUUGUGUAAGGCAAAAGUCAGGAUUUUCUCCCCUUGCUUUUCUAGAGAGUGUCCCUCCAAGUCAGAGGGCAGAGAUGUUUCCAAACCAACCUCAUCUUGCUAUUGAGGACCAGAAAUCACAGAGAACACUGGACAUUGGUUAGGGUUUGAGUGGCCAGCUCACUCACCUUUGGAGACUUCUCCCCAGGCCGUUGUUCCAUCCUCUACCCGGGGAGGAAUAGGUGGGUGUGUAUAUGGCAGAAGUUGGCGAACACUGAGUUUCGGGGUUUGGAUCACAUGAAUUCUUGCUUGAGGGAGAGAGCUUGCUUUGGGGGCACAGACACUGUAGUAGUGUCCUGUGGCUCUGUGACAAAAUGCCAAAUGUGGUGGCUUAAAAUAACAUGUUUUUAUUCUUUUAUAGUUCUGGAGGUCGUUGGAAACCUGAAAUCUGUUUUAGGUGCCGAAAUCGCAUCGUCAGCAGAGAACGAUCCCUUUGGGUGCCCACGGGAGAAUCCAUUCUCUUGCCUUCCCCAGUUUCUAGAACUGCAUUCCUUGCAGCCCUGUGCUCAAGGUUCUUCUCCAUCUUCAAAGUCGAGACAGAUGGGACCGUGUUCAGAAUUCUCACCAAAGCCACAGGACAUUCAGAUGUGGAUAUACCCAUAGAACUAGUGUUCCAUUUACCGGUCAAUUACCCUUCCUGUCUACCUGGCCUCUCUAUUCAUUCUGAACACCUGACCAGGGCCCAGUGUGUGGCUGUGAAAGAGAAGUUACUUGAGCAAGCACAGAACCUUUUGUCGGAACCUAUGGUUCAUGAGCUGGUUCUCUGGCUCCAGCAGAAUCUCAGACACCUCCUCGAUCAACCAGAAACUCGAAAUGGCAGUGAAAAGUGUGCUUUGGCAACCAACAUGACUGAGGAUGAUGGAUUGUGGAUAACUCUUUUGCAUUUAGAUCACAUGAGAGCGAAGACUAAAUAUGUCAGAACUGUGGAGAGGUGGGCUUCCGAUUUAAAGCUGACAGGAAGACUGAUGUUCAUGGGUAAAAUAAUACUGAUUUUACUGCAAGGAGACAGAAACAGCAUCAAGGAGUACCUGAUUCUUCAGAAAACCUCCAAAGUAGAUGUGGACUCAAGUGGAAAGAAAUGCAAAGAGAAAAUGAUUAGUGUACUGUUUGAAACAAAAGUACAGACAGAACACAAAAGGUUUUUGGCAUUUGAAGUCAAAGAGUAUUCAUCGUUGGAUGAGUUACAAAAGGAAUUUGAAACUGCAGGACUUAAGAAGCUUUUCACCGAAUUUGUAUUUGGACUGGUAAAAUGAAAUGGAAGACAAGAAUCUUUGCAUAAAAUAGCGGUGUUUUUGUUGUUGUUUUGCAUUGGGUUUUGGGAGUGGCUAAUUGCAAUACUCAAAAGGGAACAAUUUUAAAGUUUCUUUAAAGCAAAAUGAUAGACAUUAUUCUAACUUCAGGAACAAAAGCCAAUUCUGUUUAUGGAAUGUAAAUAGUAAAAAAUGCCUGUGUAUUCUAAUUUUUGCCAAUAAAGGCUCGGUUUAAGAGAUGGAACAUUAUUUGAAUGGUGCAUAUAAAAAGGCGGUUGCAAGUGAACCCUUGUGUUUGUAUAGAGGAUUUGUUUGGAAUGGUGCAAUUUUCUGACUAAUUUUCUUAUAAUUAAAUGAUUUUU